UGCUUCUGAAAGGAUUUAAAGCGUUCUGGAUACAUACAGAUCUUAUUAAGGAAGACCGGAAAGAAUGUGGGUACUGAUUACCGUUUUGGUAACUCUGAUUCUUCCAGUAGUAUGUCUACCAGACUCGGCAAAUAUGUGCACGGAUAAUCCAGAAUGUCAUUGUCAAGAUAAUGGAAAUGGUACAUUAACAGCGAUUUGUGAUGUGUAUCAACUAUCAAAUACAAUAUACAAUUUACCAGAAACCAUCAACAGUCUCAUUAUAAAGUGUAUUUUAUCAGAAAAUCAAACCAUAUCAAACAGUUUAUUUGAUAAAUUCACCAAUCUCACAUAUUUCUCACUUGAACAGUGUCAUUUUUAUCACAUUGAAUCUUAUACUUUUGAUAUAGUUUCAUUGAAAGCUGUAACAAUCCGAAAUUGUGGAAUCAAAAACGCAACAUUAAGGAUGAAUUCUUCCUCGUUACAAUCAGUGGAGAUAACUAAUUGUAACAUUACGUCAUUUCCGGAAAUAUCUAACAUUGUGGAUUUAUCUUAUCUCAAUGUCUCAUUCAAUAAACUUGCUGAUUACGGAUCGUUUGAAGCAGAAUGUGAAAGAGAAAAUAGUGUUUUAUCUGAACUAGAUCUUAGUUAUAAUGAGUUAAACAGACUUCCCGUUCUGUCAAAUUGUACCCUGUCUUUGAAAACAUUUAGAUUUUCUCGCAAUCCGUCUACUGAGAUUGAUAUUAAUUAUUUCCACAACUUCGAGUCCUUGCAAAUUUUGGAUUUAUCCGAAACUCCCUUAAACAGUGAUAUUUCGUCGAUGGAUACCUUGACGAAUUUAACUACCUUGAAACUCUACGGAAAUGGCCAGAUCUUCAGUUCAAAUUUACAAACGUUUCCUUUUUUGGUCGAACUGGAACUAAGGAAUUUUGUGGCACCGGAAGGCAACAUCUUGAGUAACAUAUCAUCUCUUACACACUUAGUAUCAUUAACCUUAGUAUCGUUUAAUAUUAAAGAUAUUCAGUUAGCGACGUUUGACAAUAUGACACAGCUAAAAGUAUUGGAUCUUUCCCGGAAUAGCAUCAGAUUGUUAAGAAGAGGAGUCUUUGAUAGUCUGACACACUUGAAAAUAUUAGAUUUAUCAUAUAAUAACAUUGGAAGCAUCUUUUCAGGAGCAAUAACUCCACCAAGUCUCAUCCAUUUGGACAUUUCAUCAAACCAAAUUACUUAUGUCUCUUCUCAAAGUUUUGACGACUUGACAAACUUGAGAAUGCUAAAUUUAUCAUAUAACAAAAUCUCAUCCUUACAAAAUAAUACUUUCAACGAUUCGGUUUUCCUGCAGAAUUUGUUUCUGAAUAACAACCGUAUGAAAUCUUUACCAUCUUUCGUGCAGCUCGAACAGCUUCUUCAUCUGGACCUGAAGAACAAUCGACUGACCUUCCUCGCUGAAGAUACUUUUAAUGGUUUAAAAUCCUUACUAGGUAUGAGCUUACGUAAUAAUAACAUCACGGCUUUACCGUCGAGAUUAUUGAAGGAUUCAUCAAAAAUAACAUUUCUGGAUUUCUCUUAUAAUUUAAUUCAGUUUAUCGAAAAACAUCCUGAUUAUUCCACACCAUGGGGACACCUGUCCGAAUUAAUCUUGUUAAGGUUGGAUAAUAACAAGAUAAGAACACUCAAUGAUGAACUUUCGUAUUUUACUAAGUUACAAUUUCUGUUUUUAGACAAUAAUUUAUUAUCUAAAAUUUUACCAGAUAUGUUCCCGUCAUCUUUGGUAGGCUUGGAACUUUCAUAUAAUCACAUUUCAUAUUUUAGUAAUAUCUUUAGAAAGUUAACUCAAUUACAUACUCUCAGUAUUCAGGGAAAUUAUCCAUAUUUAACUCGUGUUCCUUUUAUCAGCUUGUGGGUAACAUCUAAAAUCAAACCGACUGUGUUCAUUGGUUUUAAUGAAUUUCAAUGCGACUGUAAUAUGGAAUGGCUUAAGGUGUUGACACUUCCCGAUUUUGAGCUUCCUACAGAAUAUCGGUAUUUACCAACUUUUGUUGACUUAACUGAAACAUAUUGCAAGAAUCCAGGACCAGGUUUGAUUAGAUUAACGGAUUAUCCAGCUACGGAAUUCGUGUGUUCUUAUGAGAAGGAUGAAUUUGAAUGUCCAUUGGAUUGUAUUUGUUGCCAAUUUGCCGGUACUGGAAAGUGUUCGUGUGCUUAUUGGUGUCCAGUGGAUUGUAUUUGUAGAAAAGCCACAGAGAUGUUCCGGAAAAAUGAGAUAAUGUGUCGUAACAAGAAUAAAACAACCAUACCCCCGGCGUUGCCACCGGAUUCCACCACAAUUGAUCUAUCUAGUAAUAACAUUACCGUGCUUGACAAUAAUUCAUUUCCAUCUCUUCCACAGCUCGAACAUCUAUAUCUGAAUAAUAACAAUAUCAAUAGUCUAUCAACAGGUUGCUUCGAUGGAGUAACAAAUCUAGUCACUCUAUAUCUCAAUGAUAACAAUAUCACUGUUAUCCUAUCUGGAAUAUUCAGCAGGCUUGGAUCUCUACAGAAACUAUAUCUUCAUAAUAACAAUGUAGUCAAAAUAUAUCAGGAUAGUUUUGUGGAGCUCAAUUCCUUGAAAUCUCUAACCUUACAUUCUAACGAUUUGGAUAGCGUGGAAUCAUUAAAAUUUAUGUAUUCUUUAUCGGGGAACGUAACUCUCUCACAUAAUUCUUGGAGCUGCGAGUGUGAUUUUAUGGACUCUUUCCUAGAUGUGAUAGUAUCAAACGCUUUAAAGAUAUCCGACAUUUCAGACAUGACGUGUUCAUGGCCAGAUGAAACAAUCAUUCCAGCUAAUAUAACACUGGAUGAUAACCAGGUUCAAGUUUUAGAUUUCGAUUAUCGUUCUUGGUGUUCAAAUAACACUGUAAUAUUUAAUAACACUAAUAUAAGACAAGUGAUUGCAUAUGAUAACAGGUAUAUCGGUACCAUUAUCGGACUUACAUUAUUGUCCAUAUUUCUUAUAACGUUAGGCAUCGUUCUGAUCUGGAAACGACGGAUUAUACAAGUUAUUGUUUAUGAUAAGUUCGGUGUUCGUCUUCCAGUACCAGUUGAUGUUGCCAAAGAACAACGCGAGUUUACGUAUGACGCAUUUAUUUGUUUUGGUGAAAACGAAGAGAAUUUCGUUGUACACGAAUUGAUUGAAAAACUAGAAAAUGAGAAAAAGUUCAAACUAUGUUUAAAUUUUAGAGAUUUUCCUGUUGGUGAAUCUAAAGCCGAUUGUAUUGUAGAAGCUGUUGAUAACAGCAGAAAGACUAUCCUAAUUGUAUCUAAAAGUUUUCUACAAGAUGAUUGGUGUAAAUUUGAAUUUCAAACUGCACAUCACGUUAUGUUAACGGAACAUGCCGAGAAUUUGAUCGUUAUUUUGAAAGAAAAGAUUGAUGACGAUUUACUGGAUCCCGAUCUACGUUUAUUACUGAAAAGACGAACAUAUGUUGAAUAUGGGGAUCCAUGGUUUUGGGAAAAACUGUAUUUUGUUAUGCCAGAUCCUAAAAUCGUUGGAAAAGACAAUAAGGGUUUAAAUGUGGGUGACAUUGAAUUUGAUAUUGUUGAUAAUAAGGUAUAAUAAAU